CUCCCUGUCUCCUCAUCACGGCACGCGCUCCUUCAUUGUCCCGUCUCCUCCUCCUGCUGACUCCUCUAUCUCUGCUGCAGCUACAGCUAACAGUGAGCUACACGCCCAAAGGCUGCGAUUAACUGACGAAAUCUUAUUAACUUUUUUCCUUCAAUAAUUUCUUCUGGAAUCUUUUUACAACCCACAAGUUCUCAGUCACACUUUUAAGAAAUUGUUAGAUUAACACAGCAUUUAAACUAAUGUAAGAUUGCCGCGAUCGAAUGUUCUGUGGAAUGUUGUCCCACUCAUAAAUGUAGUAGAUGUGUUUAAUAGUUGCAGCCAGAACCAGACUGAAUACUGAAAUCCGUUGCUGGGGCGCGUUCAGUUUCUGAUUCGCUGUAUCACCUAAGGAGAAACGGCUGACAGACAAGAUGGUAAACGUCCACACCGGAAGUCGUAUAGACAAAAUAGUAUUUUCUGUUUAGUUUUGUAUUAUCCACUACUGAAGCUGUCCAUGUCACCUGGCUGUUGGUUGAGAUAACGAGUGCUGCGAAUUCGUUUUUAAACUAAAAUUUCUUAAAAUGUAUAACUUUUCCUGCAAAGAUUAAAAAUGCCGUCGCCGGAAGUGCGCGACGGUGAACCAUUUUAAAUAAAUCAGCGCAGGCAGAGGCAGGCUAAAGCUAGCGCUCACAAGCUAGUAUAAACACAGCAUUUGAGGCAGGGUCUCAGACAGUAGUUAUGUUGCAACACUAAAGAAAAACUGUAUCACUUUAAAACAGCAUUAUAGUAUUUUUUUCUUUUUUCCUUGGGGCCAUUCUGCAAAGCUGCUGUUAAAUCACUUUUGAAGAAUGCAGGUGCAGAGGGUCGUCCUAAACUCACGUCCAGGUGAAAAUGGAACACCAGCUACUGAAAACUUCCGUCUGGAGGAGGCAACACUAUCACCUGACCUUCAAGAUGGAGAUGUCCUUGUUCGGACAGUUAACCUUUCUGUCGAUCCUUACAUGCGGUGCAGGAUGAAUGAAGACUCUGGUGCUGAUUACUUGUCUCCAUGGCAGCUGUCUGAGUGUCUGGAUGGUGGAGGUGUGGGUGUGGUUGAGUCCAGUCGCUGCAGCCAUUUGGCUGAAGGCGACGUGGUCACUUCCUUCACCUGGCCCUGGCAGAGCCGUGCUGUUCUUAAAGGGAGCAGCCUGCAGAAGGUAGAUCCACUAAUGGUGGGUGGUCACCUGUCCUACUUUCUUGGUGCAGUUGGCAUGACAGGCCUCACUGCGAUGCUGGGCGUAAGGGAAAAGGGUCAUGUGACCAAGGGGGCCAAUCAGACCAUGGUGGUGAGCGGCGCUGCAGGUGCCUGUGGCUCCAUAGCUGGGCAGAUCGGCCGACUGGACGGCUGUGUGAGGGUUGUUGGGAUCUGUGGCUCUGACGAAAAGUGCAAAGUUUUAGUGGAUGAUUUGGGCUUCACUGCGGCCGUCAACUACCGCAGAGAAGAUGUUGCUGCAAGACUUAAAGAGUGCUGUCCAGAUGGGGUUGACGUCUACUUCGACAACGUGGGAGGUGCCAUCAGCGACACAGUAAUAGCCCAGAUGAACAGUGGAGGUCAUGUGAUCCUGUGUGGGCAGAUCUCUCAGUACAACAAGGAUGUGCCGUAUCCUCCACCUUUGAGUGAGGGAACUCAGGAAAUGCUGCAAAGAAAGAGCAUCACCCGAGAACGAUUUAUGGUUCUCAACUACAUGAGCAAAGCGGAUGCUGCAUUGUUUGAGCUCAGCCAGUUUGUUCAGUCUGGACAAAUCAAGGUGUUGGAGACUGUGGUGAAUGGCAUUGAAAAUAUGGGAGAUGCGUUCUGUUCCAUGAUGAAGGGGGGAAAUAUUGGCAAGCAAAUAGUUAAAAUUUCAGAGUGAGACCCAUUACUGUAGUAAACACUAAAACUCAGCGGACACCUUGGGAAAUUAACUCAUAUUUGCUUGACAGUCUGACUAAUCUCACUAUUUGUUGCCAAUAAACCAGUGUUUCAGAUAAGUCA